CUUACACCACACCCCCUCCACACGAACUAGCAGGGCAGUAUCAUACUCAGCACUGGUUCAAGAGUUCUUUCUUCCACAACUGUUGCCAGGAGUUUGGAAAGAUGAAAGGAAGAAAGAAGGGGUGUUCCUUAGCUUUAACCUUUCUCUUGCUGUUCGUUUGUGUCACUGAGUGUGCAACUACUGACUUUGAUGGCAACGAAGAGGAGGAUGUUCUGGGUGCUGCUUUGCCACCACUGAAACUAGGGCACUCGAUCUGUGCCAUGAAAGCAGAUGAAGGUCCGUGCAAAGCAAUCCACAUGCGCUAUUACUUCAAUAUUCAAAGCCGUGAGUGUGAAAUAUUUGAAUACGGUGGAUGCCAUGGCAAUGAGAACAACUUUCUAACACUGGAAGAAUGUCAGAAGUGGUGUGUGGUAACAGAAUUGCCUCAGAAGAUGAUGUUAGUGAAAAUUAAGCAAGAAAAGCCCAAGUUCUGCUUUGAUGAGAAAGACCCUGGAAUCUGCCGAGGCUAUUUUUCCAGGUAUUUCUAUAACAAAGAGACAAAGUUAUGUGAAGUAUUCAAGUAUGGUGGGUGCCUAGGAAACCAGAACAACUUUAAGAAUUUGGAAGAAUGCCAGACUACCUGCCAAGGCAACUCUGAAGAGCAUCCUAACACUGUGAACAGUAGUUCCCCAGUAGGACCACGCAACCAGGUCCCUGGGAUUUUUGAACGACCCCCUAUCCCUUCUUUGUGCAUGACUCCUCUGGACAGAGGACUUUGUAGAGCCAAAGAGUUAAGAUUUUUCUACAACUACUCAACUGGAAGAUGUCGCCCAUUUAGCUACAGUGGUUGUGGUGGGAAUGAGAAUAAUUUCACCUCCAGAAGAUCAUGUUUGAGGAUCUGCAAGAAAGGAUUCAAUAAAAAAAAAGGUGAAAGAAGAGUAAUAAAAAUCAAGAAGAAAAGAAAGAAACAGUCAGUAAAGGCUCUGGGUGAGGAAGUCAUCCCUGAAAGAAUACAAGUUUGAUUUUUAUGGAAAUGUGAACUACUAUGCACCUGUGAUUGAAAGCUUUUAGUGUACACCAUUUAAAUGUAUUUACUGUACUGAUUAUUUUGAUUACAUAUUAUUAAGUUGCUUAUAUUUUUAUUAUGUAUUCAUCAUGUUAAUAAACUUUACCUUUUACUUUGAUAAAGGCUCUUAAAUUGUAGUUUAAUUGUAUAUAAUUGUCAGAGCUGAAACAGGACAGAAGAGACUGUGUGGGUGUAUAACUCAUAAUGAUUAAAAAGUAGACAAGAUUCAAAUUUACUUUAUUACCUCAUUAUUAUUUUUUAAUCUAUUUUUAUGCUAAAGAAAGCAUAAUGCCUGUCAAAGAAUAAUCACUUCUCAAGCACAAUUGUUUCAAUCACAGAUUAAAAGAUAGGUCUAUUCCUAUAAAAAGGAAAUAGACACGUGUUUGUUUUUAUCAGAUUUAUUUUAGGUUAUGCGAGAUAGACUUAACUCCAUCAAAGUGCGUAUAAUUACACUAUUGUAAAAUGAAUGAGAGAUCAGAAUUAACCCACCAAAAACCAUAAAGAGAUUGUUAAUGUUGUAUAAGUGUGAAGCAAUGUGACAGUUAUUUGCAAAGAUUUAGAAAUAUAUUUGCUGGGAUCAUUGUUUUUUAUCCUUGUGACUUAACUAGACUCAUGGCUAGCAAGUUUAUAAUUUCCAGAAAUAUGUAUUAAAUUUUUGCAACAAACAGAACAAAUUCCUUCCAUAGAAAUAAAUA